AUGGACGCCGCCGCGGAGCGUGGCGUCGUCGGAGGAGGGAGGGGCGACUCCGACGGGUCACGGGGCUCCCACUUUUGGUGGUGGCUGCUCUACACGCUGGCGGUCGUCGCAACCACGGCGGCGGUGAUGCCGGGGCCGCUCAGCGCCGAGGCGGUGGCCGCCCGCGCUGCGAGGCGCGAGGCGAGCCUGAUCAACCCGCGCAAGGACCACCCCAGCGCGCAGUCCUUCGCCUCCGUCGGCGGGCCAGCGUCGCCGCGGCACCGCUCGCCGGGCUUUGGGGACUGA